AUGAGUUUCAGUCUCCAUAUGGUUAAAUAUCUCUUGCUUAGUAUUUUAAUAUAUAUUUUUCUUGUUACAAUUGAGUAAUAGAAUAAGUAAUAUAUCUACUCACUGCUCUUUUUUAAGAUUAAAGAAUGAAGAAGAAAAUCCCAUGCUUGGGGGUGGCACUGGGAAUAUUACUCCAAUUAUGUUUGGCAACUACUAUAUGGGCAUCCGAUGAAAAUGAGGAAUGGAUCGGGUAUGGAUAUAGGGUUAAUUGGGCGACGGUUGACUCUGGCAGUAGUCGGACGUUGACCGCUAUUCUUCAACUGGUCAGGAAUUCCUCAGUUUAUGGACCUGAUAUUCAGCUUCUCUCCCUCACUGCUAGUUUAGAGUCCAGCGACCGCCUGCGAGUCCGAAUAACUGACGCCAAUCACCAACGAUGGGAAAUCCCCGACAAGAUUCUUCACCGUCGUCCACCACCACCACAAUCACCUCCAGUCUCAUGCCCCACCAUCAAAUCCCGACGCCAUUUCGUCCUCUCUCAUCCAUUCUCCGACCUAACUUUCUCUCUCUUCACCACAUCCCCAUUCAGUUUUUCAAUCGCUCGCAAAUCCACCAACCAAACCCUUUUCGACACAACUCCAAUUCCAUCAAAUCCCAACACUUUCUUCAUUUUCAAAAACCAAUACAUUCAACUAUCAUCCUCCUUACCGGGCCGUAACGCCCAUUUAUAUGGGCUUGGUGAACACUCUAAACCCAAUUUUCAAUUAGCCCAUCACCAGACGUUUACUAUGUGGAAUGCUGAUAUUCCAAGUAGUAACCCGAAUGUCAAUCUUUAUGGGUCUCACCCGUUUUAUAUGGAUGUUAGGUCGAAGCCUUUUGCUGGGUCUACUCAUGGAGUUUUGUUGUUGAAUAGUAAUGGGAUGGAUAUUGAGUAUACAGGAAAGAGGAUUACAUAUAAGAUUAUUGGUGGUGUUAUUGAUUUGUAUUUCUUUGCUGGGCCUUCUCCGGCACAAGUUGUAGAGCAGUAUACUCGGGUUAUUGGUCGGCCUGCUCCUAUGCCUUAUUGGGCUUUCGGUUUUCAACAAUGUCGUUAUGGCUAUCACGAUGUAUAUGAGCUGCAGUCUGUGGUAGAUGGGUAUGCAAAAGCUAGAAUUCCCUUGGAAGUAAUGUGGACAGAUAUUGAUUACAUGGAUGCUUACAAGGAUUUCACUUUCGAUCCUGUUAAUUAUCCUCUUCACAAAAUGCAGCAAUUUGUCGACAAACUUCACAAGAACGGACAAAAAUACGUGGUGAUUAUAGAUCCUGGCAUUAGCACAAAUCAAUCGUAUGGAACAUUCAUCAGAGGAAUGCAACGUGAUGUUUUCCUCAAGCUCCAAGGCAAACCAUACCUAGGCUCCGUUUGGCCUGGGCCUGUGUACUUCCCUGAUUUUCUAAAACCUUCUACUGUGGCCUUUUGGACUGAUGAAAUUAAGAGAUUUCUAAAUCUUCUACCGGUUGACGGUCUUUGGAUUGAUAUGAAUGAAAUAUCAAACUUUAUUUCUUCUCAACCCGCUCCUGGGUCCACACUUGAUGAUCCACCAUAUAAGAUAAAUAAUGCUGGAGGCAGGUUGCCCAUUAUGUACAAAGCGAUCCCACCAACUGCAAUGCACUAUGGCAAUGUUUUGGAAUAUGAUGUUCAUAACUUAUUUGGAUACCUUGAAGCAAGAGUCACUCGGGCUUCCCUUGUCAAAAUUACCAAGAAAAGGCCAUUCCUGCUGUCAAGAUCUACAUUCAUCGGCUCUGGGAAGUACACUGCACAUUGGACAGGAGAUAAUGCUGCUACAUGGAAUGAUCUUGUAUAUUCAAUUCCAUCUAUGUUGAACUUUGGUCUUUUUGGAAUUCCGAUGAUUGGGGCAGAUAUUUGCGGUUUUCUUGGGAAUACAACAGAAGAGCUUUGUCGGCGCUGGAUACAGUUGGGAGCUUUUUAUCCUUUCUCAAGAGAUCAUUCAACAAUUGGUACAACAUAUCAAGAGCUUUACAGAUGGGAAUCAGUUGCUGCAUCAGCUAGGAAUGUCUUGGGACUCCGCUACACGCUCCUUCCCUACUUUUAUACAUUGAUGUACACGGCACAUCUGAGAGGAACCCCUAUAGCACGACCUCUUUUCUUCUCUUUUCCUGAGGACAUCAAUACAUACGGUAUCAGCUCACAGUUCCUCCUCGGUCAUGGGGUAAUGGUUUCACCUGUUUUGGGACCUGCUCAAGUAUCCGUCACUGCUUACUUUCCGAAAGGAAACUGGUUUGAUCUAUUCGACUAUACUCGUUCAGUAACUGUCGCCACUGGCAGACAUAUCAUCCUUCGUGCACCCCCUGAUCACAUAAACGUGCACAUUCGAGAAGGAAAUAUUCUGGCCUUGCAAGGUAAGGCUAUGACAACCCAAGUAGCACGCAGGACGCCAUUUCGUCUCUUGGUAGUAAUGAGCGAUAAUGGAACCAGCUCCGGAGAUUUAUAUUUGGAUGAUGAUGUUGAAUUGAAAAUGGGUGCCGAGGGAGGCAAGUGGACAUUUGUGCAAUUCAUCGCAGAAUCUGCAAAGAAGAUCAAAGUUAUCAGUUCCCAUGUUGUUAAUAACCAAUUUGCCGUGAGUCAGAAAUGGGUUAUCAAUAGGGUUACCAUUUUGGGUUUAAGAACUGGAACCAACUUCCAUGGCUACGCUGUACACACAGCUUCCAAUACCAGAAUCGGUGACAUGUCCAGACUCAGAAUAACUCGAGACAGGAAAGACAAGUUCAUAGUAGCUGAGAUUUCUGAUCUGGAUUUGCUCAUAGGACAUGAGUUUAAGUUGGUAUUGUACUGAUUAAUGCAACAUAGAAGUAUAUUGUAUCUUCUUUCAUGUAUUUGUUUAUAUAAGCGUUGUACCCCGUACAGUACUCGUAUUUUACAAAGGAAAUAAGAUGAAAUCCAUUACAUAAUCUGUUCUUAUAUACACUCCUUGCAAUAUCUAUAACAUUUGAGUUUUUCUGCUCAUGGAAAUUAAAUUUCGGAUGACAUUCUAUGAUACGAUCGAUUUGGAUAUAUCAUGACGUUGAGCUAU